AUGUUAUAUCCCUCAGACACCAAAAACUCAUAUCCAAUGACAAAUGAAUCAAUUGCUGGUAUUGCAAUUUAUUUAUUUUUAUUUAUAUUGGUAAUUAUUCAAUUUGUUCAUACAUUAUAUAUGUCACAUAAGAGAUAUAACAGAGUACGUUUAACUAUAAGUCGUUCAUUAUAUUAUUCUUUUGUAGUUACUUAUUUAUUUUUAAUGUUAUUUGUAUUUUCAUUGAUGCUUUAUUCAUCAAAACAGUCAUGUUUUUUAUAUAUUAUUCAACGUUUGACAGAAUCAAUUUGUUGUUAUUUAUUUAUAACAGCAUUCACCGUUUGUUUAUUUGAUUAUUAUGACCAUCGUUCAGGAGGGAAUGUUGCAGUUAUGAAAAAUCGAUUUAUAAUUCCAAUUAUUGUUUACACUGUUAAUACUGUGUUUUUAAUUCUUGUAUGUGCCCAACUUAUUUAUUAUGUUUCUCUAGAAGGUGAGUGUGACCCAACAUUACCUAAUAGAAGUUGGGCAUAUCUUUCAAUUCCAUUUACAAUUAUUAAUCGUUUGUUUAUUAUUAAUUUAUGA